AAGUCUUUCAUUUCCUGAACGAACACAAACGCAUCUCUCGUCCAUCAUGGCCGGUCAGGAAGAUCCAGUGCAGAGAGAGAUUCACCAAGAUUGGGCCAAUCGGGAGUACAUUGAAGUAAUAACGAGUAGCAUCAAGAAAAUCGCUGACUUCCUGAACUCUUUUGAUAUGUCGUGUCGAUCCCGUCUGGCAACCCUCAACGAGAAGUUGACAGCUUUGGAGAGGAGGAUCGAGUAUAUUGAAGCAAGGGUGACAAAAGGUGAAACACUGACCUAGAGUGACCUUUGAAGUUCCUCAUCAUCCUCCACCUACCAGCCCAUCUCAACCCUGAUUUUUUUAUGUAUAUAAAUAUUUGUGAUGGACACAAAUAUCACCUUCAUGUUUGACACCCUCGUGGACCAUUUUCUAUAACAUUGUUUUAUUUUGUGUUGUAUAACCCUGCUACUUUUGUUAAGAUGGUUUGGCUUGGAUAUUUGUGACUCAAGCAAAAUCAAGGUAACUCAAAUGAAGUCCAUCUACCUUGAUCGUGGUUCUGGCAACAUAAAAACAUUGUCAUCUGGUUAAUACAACAAAAAAAAAAAUUAAAUGGGAUCAUCCCAGUGUGCCAAGUUAAACAUGGUUCAGUCUUCUAACGGGACUAAUGUACAGUGAAUUGUCUUGUGAUUGUUUUUUGUUUUAAAUACUGUAAUAAAAGGAACAAUGGAAAUGCCCUUGUCAUGUAUUUGAACUG